AUGCUUACGAAAUACCUAAAACUAAAAAUUCAGUCCUAUUGGUGCCGGCUGCCAUCAGGCGUCAAGUGCUCCUGCCUGCUGGCGGGUACGCCCGAAUACGAGCGACUGAGCCCGACGCAGCACGAUGAAGUGCAGGCGACCGCCGACCUGUUCAGGCGCAUGACGGCCGCCGCCUCGGUCUCGCCCGAGAACAACGAUGACGACUUCGGCUUCGAUUCGGGAUCGGGAGACUAUUCGGAGGGAAAGGACUCGACUAACGAGAAACAGGAAGAGUUGUCUUUCCACAAUGACGACGGUUCCUACCAAUUGGUGACAGUUGAGAGGAACUUAAGGGCGGUUGACCUUUGUCAACUUUUAGCUGUCAAAAACAGGGGCAUCAAGGACCCCAAAUGGACACUUUACGAACACUGGCCGGAUCUGGGACUAGAACGUCCUCUCGAAGAUCAUGAGGAUGUCCUGAGGACUUACAGGGAAAUGCAGUGCUUUUCCAAACGAGCAAGAAAACGUUUCGUCUUUAGGAAAGACCCUAGGAAAUACGAUUAUUUUGCAGACCCACAGAAUUUUUUCCCGACUGACAUGAUGGUUGCAAGUGCUAUUGACGAUUUUAUCAAUCCUAUAUACACGUCUUCGUCCUCCGUGUUUGCCCAAUCGUCAUCAGCCAACAUUUCCACCAACCCCAAGUUCACCCUCGUCGGCCUGGUUUGGAUCCGCGCUGGGCCGUCCUGCGGCAACGCUCACGCCCAGCAGCGCGUCUGGCGGCAGGUGCUGCUACUGCUGGCCGGUUCGAAACUCUACUACACCAGGGAAGCAGAAACAGCUGCUAGAGUCGUGAGGGACAGAGAGAGAGGAGAGGCGGUUAAGGAUAAUAAGAAUUUUUUCCCGACUGACAUGAUGGUUGCAAGUGCUAUUGACGAUUUUAUCAAUCCUAUAUACACGUCUUCGUCCUCCGUGUUCGCCCAAUCGUCAUCAGCCAACAUUUCCACGAACCCCAAGUUCACCCUCGUCGGCCUGGUUUGGAUCCGCGCUGGGCCGUCCUGCGGCAACGCUCACGCCCAGCAGCGCGUCUGGCGGCAGGUGCUGCUACUGCUGGCCGGUUCGAAACUCUACUACACCAGGGAAGCAGAAACAGCUGCCAGAGCGGUGAGGGACAGAGAGAGAGGAGAGGCGGUUAAGGAUAAUAAGGAGGACGAAGAAAAUUCCCUAGAGCUGUUUGCAGAUCUGGAAGAGUACCAAGUUUACUACACCCUAAAUGCAAGGAACCAUUAUAGGGCUCCUGCAGAAUACGGACUUUGUUUGAGACCACUUAGAGAUAAUUCUACUAACAUACAACCGAAAGAUUCUACAGGUAAUAAUUAA